AUGAUCAAUUUUGUCAUCGAAUCAUCGGCCCCGAUCAUAAUCAUCUCGUCACAGACUGGUGCCAAACUUUUGGCGGGUCCCCAACCACUUCAGAUCGGCGAUUAUGAUAUCUAUCCCACUGGCAAUGCAAGAAUUCAAUUCACCUCCGAUGUCUGCGUUCGACGGGCCCCCUCUCAUAUCGCGACUAAUGCUACUCCCCGGGAGCUAGCAUUCCGUGACGGGGUGCGACUCCGAGAUGGAAAGUGCGUCAUCUCGGGAAAAAUCAAUGGUACACUCCUGGACCCUCCAGAAUAUCAAUCAUGGCGCGGGUUUCAGUCAGCCCACGUGUUUCCUCUAGGACGCGAGUCGCUCUGGCGUUUAAACAAUUUUUCACGGUUUAUCACCAAUAGCGUUGCAGGAAAUCAUCGAGCUGCUAUAAAUUCCCGUCAGAACGGACUAUGUCUGAGCAACGACAUCCACGAUCUCUUCGAUGAUUUUAUUAUCACCAUAAAUCCAGACGACAAUUACAAAAUAUACGAUUUUGGAGCAAACAAUGAGAGAGUAGACGGGAGAAUUCUGGACCCCGUAUGCCGCGCUCCAGGAGACUCUAAUCGGGUCUCUGACGACCUUCUCAGAUGGCACUGGCAACAAUCUCUACUCUAUCAUAUGAAGGCUGCAGCGGAGCCAAGCUGGGAGUCAGACUUUCCCCCGGGAUCUGAUAUGAUCGGAGAAAUUCUCGCUGGCCCGCAGCCAGCUGAGCGAAUGGAAGCGGAGCUCUUCUAUCGUCUCCAUCGCCUGAUUGAUGAUGACGACUAA